AUGAGCGCAAGUGGAUUGAAAAGGGAUCUUGUUCUCAUGAUUGUUGAAGUUUUAUUCGGAUCAACUGCCAGAACAGUUGCCGAAGCUAUCAACGAUUAUGGUCCAUGUCCUCUCGGAUUCAUCAGUUCGAGGACAAAUAUAUCCGUUUCAGAUGUACAGACUGUUUGCUUAGCAAUGUACGUACAUGGUGUUGUUAACAUCCAUGGAGAAGGAAAACGCGCUACUUUAACACUUGCAACGCUUCCUCUUUUCAUUUUAGCUGCACCUUCAAUUCUUCUUGAAGAAAUUCGAACAGCAUACGCAAAACAAGAAUUACUCGAUGUUUUAUACAUUUAUUUAUUACAAGGAAUUUGCACAGUUGAACAAGGCGCGAAAUAUUUCCAUCAAAAUGAAACAAGAACAGCAAACGAAUUUCAAGGAACUGAUGAAUCAAACUCUGUUAAUUCAUUCGAGAAAUUUGAUGAAGUUACAAAGGAACUCUUUAAUUUGGGUUUCCUUUGCAGAGGAAUUAGAAGUUAUCAUCCGUUCACCUCUCAGGAUGUCAUAUCAUUAGAGAGAAGAAUCAAUAACUUGCAAUUGAAUCAGAAGAGAGUUACAAAAGCUCAACAACAAAAAGAAGAAGAGGCAAUGGCAGUCCAGAACAGGACAUUACCUCAACAAGAGGAAAUUCCUACAGAUGCAUAUUCAGUUGACUGGAAUGCAUGCGCCCAAUUCAUUCGCGCAAGAUAUAUAAUUAAUUAUGUUAACAAAGCAUUCGGUCCAGACUAUGGCAUCAUCAUUGACAAAGUUGUUACUAACGCGCACUGCUGCAAUUACGUCCAUUUCCGUAAAAUGGCCGAACAUUCUGACGACCAAUUACGAAAUGAAGGUUUACCAUACUCUAGACUAUCCGGAACAGACAUAUAUCGACAGUUUUCAGAUAUUCCUGCUACAGUUUUCUUCGAGCGCCUUGAUAAACUAUCAAAUCCGAGUACGAAAUCAAUUUUCGGAUUAUUAACAUCAGCAGAAGACGGCACAGUAUACGAUUUUAAAGUACAUAACUGUAUCAGAAAGAUCCAAUUGAUGUACGUCAAUUCUUUCGCAGAAACAGCUCUUUGUCCGAUGCAUGGUCGAAUUUUCGAAACUUUACAAGACUUAGAAAUUGCAGAUACGAGGCAACUUGAAGACGAAGCGAUUGUCUCAGAUAAGGAAGCGAGAUGUGCAAUGUACAACCUCUGCAGAAUGGGAUUGACACAGAUCCAGGCAAUUCCGAAAACAGCUGAUAGAAUGCUGAAAGAAAUGUAUUUUGUAUGGAAAUACAAUGAAGAUUCUGUCAUCGCUGAAGCAGCAAACAACAUAGGAAAGGUUGCUUUGAACAUGUGGGAUAAGAUCACAUCAUGUAUUGAAGAGGCUGACCAUGUUGCGCACGCAGAUUCACUUGAUAAAACUGCAACAAUGGCGAAAUCUCAGGAAGAUAAAAAUCUCGCUGGUUUCCACUCUUAUUUCAUUGAUCAAAUGAGACUAUAUGUUCUUCUUGCUGAAAUGUAA